AUGCCACACCGCCUCAAUUCACCAACAACGAAGAUACGAUCAUCGAGCCGGGAACGCACGUACGUGUCAAGGUUAUUGGUACGAGAACGGAGGUUGGUGAGAUGUGGGCCAUUGGCAGCAUCAAGGAAGAUUACCUUGGCUGCCUUCAGGAUUAGAGUUCUCAGUCAGAUUGAGAAAAGGGGCAAAGAGAUGCUCUGCUCAGUGCUGCUGAAGCCGAUUCCUCCGUCAUGUGGGAGCGGAAGCACACUUUACCGCCGUUUUUCAACUUCAUCUGCCCAAGGAAACCGCCAAUGGUUGAGGGAAAAGCAUAGUAUUUUACUGCAACAAGCGUUGCCUGGCGAAGAGGAAGCUUUGGGCGCAAGCAAACCAGGCUUCAAGGAGGGGGUCAAUCACAGUGGCACCCCUAGGCCCCGAAUGGAUUCCGCUGCGCUGAGCCGUUCGCAAUUGAGAAGCAGAAAGAUAGAUAAAAGUUUGGGGAAACAGGGUGUACGCAUGCCCGACCAGUUUAGCAGGUCUAUGGAAUCAUGGCGCCAGGCCUCGGUUUGUGUAUUCGAGUUGUACACUAACUUUCCCACGCCAAGAAAUGAAAAAGCAAGCCAUGAAUAUACAAUGAAGCGAAGGGUGUGA